AUGGAUGACGACGGAAGAGAGCCCGACAACUUGUCUGACAGACACGCUAAGACUGAAAAGACGUUGGAUCCUGUCGAGAGCUACGCCAGCCUACGACUCAACCCACCUUGUUACUUGCCUACCGUCUACGCUCUACGGAGUCACGGGAGUACGUCCUCAAAGUUCGGACUUCUACCACCCACGCAACUGUCCAUCACCAAUACCACGCCUCGCCGCGCCCCAUUUGCCAGCCAUGCCAUCCCUCUCCGCGUUCCCGCCGACCGUCUCGACCUCCCCGUCGGCACCGCCUGCCUUCAUCUGAAGCUUCUUGGCGCGCUCCAAACGUCAGACGGCCCCUCCUUUGGCGCCAAGUCCCAGCGUCUACCGGAACCGCACCACUCGACGGUCCGUCCUUGGUGUCCGGCGCGCAACUCGCUCAACUCGACAUUGGCGCUGGUCUUCGCUUUCGCUAUUUGUUUGGGACCCCAUCUCUGCCGACGACGUGCCAAGUCGCCCAGCGUUUUCGUCUCCAUCAUCAUCAAGAGAACUCAAUCUGAAUGCGACGUCGCCCAUAAGGUCCAACGACAGUCUUCAGCAGAGUCGGCUUGGCGAAUCCCGAAUGCCGUCUUGGUGGCCAAGGACGUCGUCAUCUCCAUCAUCACCAAGGGUUUCCAGCCAGUUUUUCUGCGACGCAUAAACCACGCAGCUGGUGUCUGGUCAUCGGCGAGCGUGAGCCAAGACGACUUCUCCUCAUAUUUCGUCAGCACCGCCCGUAACAUUCGGCUUGUCAAGUUGUCACUGUCAGUCGGUUCAUCCAACAUCCGCAAGAUCUGCAGUGUCUACGCUGUCGCUGUCACUUGA